AUGUACCUUGCAGAGUCGGAACGGCGCGUGCGGCAGCAGGUGCAGGCCUACCAACCCAUGUGGACAUCUGCACGACCCAGGCGGACCAACGAAGAGCCCGCCUCCCCGAGAGGCCUGCGAAGCAACGCUCAGAAAGGGCGUCAGAAGAGGAAGCGGGCCCCAAGGCCCUCCCACAGAUCGAGGGCUGUACUCCUGUCCCGCCAGGUUGGGACGGCACCACCCAGCAGCGAGACGGACAGCGAGGACAAUGUGCCAUUGGCAAAGAAGCUGGGGAUAAAGUUUCCGAGCCUUCAGUCCAGGCACAGCCCUCCAAGUGGCCAAGACAUAGACGAAGGUGAUUGUUCUGAUGACAAUAUUCCGCUGGCUCAGCUUGUGGGCCGUAGGACUGGCCUUGGUGACGUUGCCCUAAAAGAGGUGGACCAGUCGAAACAAGCUGACAAAGGUGCCAUUGCCAAUCACCAACUGCCACCCUGCACGUUGCGUGGCAGCGAUGUUGCUGAUGGAGUGAAGGUGGAUCAGGGAGGAGCAUUGACCAUCGAGAACAAGAAAGAUGGCCCCAGUGUACAGGAGGAUGCUGCUAGUCCCCAUUUGGUGCACUUGCCUCCAGGUAGCCACCUAUCAAGCCUUGUGGAACUAGGCCAGGGGAACAGAGUAAUCGCUGACAGCGACCAACGGGGGACCGAGGGGCUGCAUGCCAUAGCCACUGGAAUGGCAGGCAUUCUAGACAACAAAGUGCUCCCUGAUGGUGAGGUGAGUAGCCACGAGGGAACAGACAUCAUGGCCGCAGGUGUCUCAGGCACUGGUGAAGGGAACACCAUGGAUGGUCGUUUGCAGUCUUCACAAAGAGCAGAGGGUGUACACGCCAGCUCUCAUAAUGCACCACAAGCAGGUGGGAUUGAUCUGGCAUGCCAUCUGGGACAAGAUGUGGGACGUGAUCAGGGGCCUGACCUCGGCCAUCCAGACAAGAGUGUGGCUCAGCCUGACAUCUGCCAAGGCGCAGACACAGAUCCAGAGGCAUGUGCAGCCGAUGUGUCCAUGCUCAGUGUGCAGGCGACUCAACAGGCACACAUGGGUGGUGGCGAAAAUGGCGAUGCUGCUCCCCCAAGCCAAGGCGAACCCCCAGAGUCCGUCUCGGCAGGCGUACCACAGUUCUAUGAAGUUGUGCCAGACAGUUAUGAAGAUGAUGGACUGUGA